GUUCUUAUUACAAAACUCAACGUACCUCACACCAAAUAAAAAAGAUGAAUUAGGAGCAUCUUUAUCCAAAAACUUCGUCUUCCCAACAAAGGACAGAAACCUGGAGCAGAUGACUAACCUCUCUUGAGCUCAACAGCAGAGCCGAAUCGGAGAAGGAAAACAAUGCCUGCGAUUUUCAGGUACAGCGGCAAAACAAAGCUCCGCCACCAUUUCCAUUUCAAAACUCCCUUCAUCUCAUUCGCUUCUUCCGAAUUUCACUCCAGUUCAUCCUUUCCCUUGCCCCUCCCCAAGCCGCCGUUAUUCUCAGCACCUGGCCGCCUGCGCUUCCCUCCUCCGGUCACGAAUGGGGCGCUGGGGAUAGGGUUUGGUCGGAGGUGCAAGUGGGAAGGGAGUUCGGAUAACUACGACCAGAUAAAAGCUGAGGUGAACUGCCCGCGGUGCUCCAAGCUCAUGACCCUCCUCUUCUCCAAUCGUCCUUUGUCCAUCACGCCUGCCCCGACCGGAAUUUACCAUGCCCUCAAUUUAUGCCCACAUUGCCGGACUGCCAUCUAUUUUCGUCCUUCCAGGUUGGAGCCAUUGCAGGGGAAUUUCAUUGAGAUUGGAAGGGUUAAGGGGGACCAGGUUGGGGAGAGGGAAAAUAACAGAAACAAGGCCAUUGGUAUCGAGAACGGAAGAUCUUCCAUUAAGAUUUGGGAGAAGUUGAGGACUUACAGUGAUAAUAGUUGCAGUAGUGAUGUUGGGGAAAGUAGCAGUAGCAGUAGUAGUGAUAGCUGGAACAGCAGCAGCAGUAGUGAGAAUGAGGUGGAGGAAUGUGCAGAGGGGUCUGCCGGAGAGUGGAUAGGGUUAAACAUGGUGAAGAAGUUGCCUACUCCGAAAGAGAUAUGUAAAGGGCUUGAUGAGUUUGUAGUUGGGCAAGAUAGAGCAAAAAAGGUGCUGUCCGUAGCAGUUUACAAUCACUACAAAAGAAUAUAUGAUGCCUCGUCAACACAAUGGGCAGGUGAAGAAGUGGGCAAAGCUGUGAAUGACCAUGGAAACUGUGAUACCGAUUUUGUUGAGCUUGAUAAGAGCAACGUUCUAUUGGUGGGUCCAACUGGCUCAGGCAAGACGUUACUUGCAAAGACACUGGCCCGUCUUGUAAAUGUGCCUUUUGUCAUUGCGGAUGCAACAACACUAACACAGGCAGGUUAUGUCGGAGAGGAUGUAGAGUCAAUAUUGUUCAAGUUACUCACGGCUGCUGACUUUGAUGUAGAAGCAGCUGAGCGUGGAAUUGUGUAUAUUGAUGAAGUUGAUAAGAUAACUAAGAAGGCUGAGAGCUUAAACAGUGGAAGAGAUGUAAGUGGGGAGGGUGUUCAACAAGGUCUCCUUAAAAUGCUAGAAGGAACAAUUGUAAAUGUACCUGAUAAUAGAGCACAUAAACAUUCUCGUGGUGACAGUAUUGAGAUAAAUACUAAAAACAUCCUCUUUAUAUGUGGGGGAGCCUUCAUUGGACUGGAGAAGACGAUUUCGGAGAGGCGACAAGACUCUUCAAUUGGGUUUGGGUCUCCAGUUCGUACACAUAUAAGCCCUGCUACCCCUACAGAUGCUGUUGUGGCAUCAUCACUGUUGGAGUCUGUAGAAAGUAAUGAUCUUACUGCAUAUGGCCUCAUACCUGAAUUUGUUGGACGUUUUCCAGUUUUUGUUAGUUUAUCUGCUUUAGAUGAAAAUCAACUAGUCCAGGUUCUCAUGGGACCAAAAAAUGCUCUCUGCAAACAGUACAAAAAAAUGUUUGCGUUAAACAAUGUAAAACUUCAUUUUACUGAUAAUGCAUUGAAAAUGAUUGCAUCGAAAGCAAUAGCAAAGAACACUGGUGCACGUGGUUUAAGAUCCAUCUUAGAAACUAUCCUGACUGAAGCCAUGUUUGAGGUUCCAGAUGCCAAACCAGGGACUUGCAUUGAUAUGGUCUUGGUUGAUGAAGAGGCCGUCGGAUCAGCCAACACUCCUGGAUCUGGAGCCAAAAUCAUUCGUGGCAAUGCUAGAUCGGAGAGACUUUCUUCAGCAACGGAAUCAACUUAUAAAACAGAAAAGAAGGAAGAACAACGGGAGAGGAUCAUGGAUGGAGACGACGAGGUUUCUUCAAGAGCUGCAUGCUUGUAAAUUAUUGAAGACUAUUUAUUUACUUCUAAGUAAUAAUAUUUUCUUCUUUUUUUUGUAUUUUUGUGUGUGUGUGUGUGGGGGGGGGGGGGUUAUGGAGUGGAAAAAAAGAAAAUGUAAUAGGGAAAUUGAUGUCGUUUUUGUGUUUUUUUGUAGUGUACUUUUGAUUAAUUUGGAUUUUUGAAUUGGAAGGGGAUGAGUAACUAAGAGGUACUGUGAAUGUAAGUACGAUAAAGAAACUUGAAGCACUAAUAAUGCAUAUAAUCCUGA